GACCAACAUGUGCCCACUGAACAACGAUAUUCUUCUCCUUAUCUUUGAUCAAGUGGAUAAAAAACAAGAUUGUCUUACUCUUCUGCUCAUAUGCCGUCAGUGGUACUCGUUACUCCUUACCAAAGCCUACCAAUCAGUCAGGCUGGGUAGCGACCAAAUUCACCUUCUCGUGCGGUCUGUGCAGAAUAAUCCAGAGAUAUCUCAUGCUAUCAAAGAUCUAAGCAUUACCUCAGGCUGGAGAUCGGAGAAUGACUACAAUGUAGAACCAUUGAUAGACACCGUAAAGCAAGUUUCGCCGGGAGACUGGGAGAGAUGGGUGGAUGGUCUCCGCGACGGCGAAGGGGAUGCAUGGCUGGCAAUACUUACACUUUUCGUGACAAGCGUUACGAGUUUGUCUCUGAACAUCUCAGGGGAUUCGAGGUUUUUCCUUCCGAUGGUAGCGCGAGUGGCAGCCCGGGACAAGCCUUUCGACAGCAAGUCCGUACUCCAGCAUCUUAAGAUUGUGGAGCUCGAAACAGAUGAUCUGAAGAAUAGCUAUUACGCCACUGAUUGCCUUCCGUUUUUGAAGUUACCGUCAAUGCGCAUGUUUAGAGCGAGCGGUCUUUGCGAAGAGCAACGAGGAGAACCAGCUUUCUCUAAACCGGGCCCGCGGACCUCAGGAGUCAUAGAGCUAGACUUUGGCUUAGGGCCGUGUAACGGCAGAAAAGGCAUGAACGAUUUCAUUGCGGCCUGCGCGAAUCUGGAAGUGUUCGAGUAUCAGCACGAUGACAAAGCAGUUUGGGCAGAGAGCUACGUCGGAUUCCGUCCGAGAGCGUUCUACAACGCGCUCUGCACGCAGAAGCACAGUCUGCGCGAGCUAAGACUCAACAACACCGGGGAAAGUCACUCUGAUGACAUUGAUUCUGAGGACGAUGAUGGCAGCGUCGCAUGGGAUGAUUUUGGUUCCCUGGCCGAUUUUGGGCAGCUGCGUGAACUACAUAUUCCAGUUCGGACUCUGCUACAGAUUGGUCCUCACAACCGACCACCAUGCUCUCUCGACAGGGUCCUCCCACCUAACCUGGAAUUGCUGAACCUGGCCUACUACUACCAAGAAGACUUUGGUAUUGUUAUCGAGAACUUACACAGCCUACUCAAACAUAAGGAGCAUCGAUUCUGCAAUCUUCGAGAAAUUCAAGUCCAACCUUACUGUGUGUUGUUAAAACCUGGCGCUAUACCGCAUUGGAGCAACUUCAUAAUCCCUGAUCUUGUGCAAAAGGGCUUCACGCCAUUCAAGGAAGAGUGUAACCGCCUGGGGGUCGACUUUAACUUUACGAAACAUGGAAAUCAUAGGGUCAUAAGACCGACUUGA